AUGGCAGGGGAAGAUCCAGCCCCGUCCGGCGCGUCGAUCCACCAGGACAACAGCACAGACCUGAUGAAUGGUGGGCCUUCUCUCCACCAUGAACACGCAGCACCUCCAAAGGGCGUCACCUGGCCGACAUCUCCCUCUCUCCUCACAGAACUCGGCGCCGAGGACCGGGACCGCGCGACAGCCAGCCAUGCGACCCACCAGGUGCCCGUCCCUGGCCCUCACGAGGGCAACGUCGGCGGCCCACGGUCCAGGACGUACGCCAGCGUCAGAUCUUACGCCGAUGAAGAGGACCGCGCUGAGGGAGGAGCCUUCCCCCACAUCUCGAAGCCCGUCGAGCUUCUGCGCAAUAGUUAUGACUGCAUCGUCAUCGGCAGCGGGUACGGAGGCGGAGUUGCUGCCAGCCGAAUGGCGAGGGCUGGCCAGAGCGUCUGCGUGCUGGAGAGGGGCAAGGAGAAGUGGCCUGGCGAAUACCCCAGCGGCUCGGAGAGUGCCCUCGAGGAGCUGCACUGGAGCGGUACUUUCCAGCCGAGCUCGUACUGUGAUGGUAUCGCUGUCGACGGUGGUGAUCCUACGGGCAUGUACCACUUGAUUUUUGGAAAAGGCCAGAACGCAUUUGUUGGAAAUGGUCUGGGCGGCACCAGCUUGAUCAACGCCAACGUCUUCCUCGAGGCCAACCACGAUUCCCUCAGCAUGCAGGCGUGGCCUGAAGAGAUCCGAAAUAAUCCUACCUGUCUGGACAGCUCAAAAAAGGUCCUCGACCCGCAGCAGUACCCGGCUGACUGGCCCAAGCUGCCCAAGCUUGACCUCCUAGAGAAACAGGCCGAGGCUCUCAGUAUGCGCGAGAAGUUCAGGCGCGUCCAUCAGACGACCCGUUUCCGCAACGGACCCAACAGCUGCGGCGUCGAGAUGCUACCCUCGGCCCUCACAGGCCAAGACGCCACAGGCGUUAAUGACGGCUCCAAGACCACCACCCUCGUCACCUACCUCGCCGAUGCCUGGAACUGGGGCGCCGAGAUGUUCUGCGAGUGCGAGGUGCGGUAUAUUGAGAAAUGUAAGGAUCCUAACCGUGGCGGGUACAAUGUGUACUUUGCCUGGCACGGCCGGAACCGAGGCCACUUCAAGGCCAACCUGCACGACGAUCUUAUGUGGGUGCACGCCAAGGAGGCUGUGUUUCUGGGUGCUGGUGCCAUUGGUACCACCGAGAUCCUGCUCAGGAGUAAAGAGCUGGGCCUGCACAUGAGCGACCAGGUUGGCCUGAACAUGUCUGGCAACGGAGACAUGCUGGCCUUUGGCUAUAACACAGACCAUACUGUCAACAGCAUCGGGAGGCCGUUCCCUUCACCAUAUAACCCUGUGGGCCCUUGUAUCACUGGCAUCAUCGAUAACCGAGAGGGUCACGCUAACCCGCUGGACGGCUACGUGAUCGAGGAGGGUACUGUUCCCAAGGCAUUAGCACCCUUUUUCCAGGCAAUGCUGGACAUGAUGCCUGGCAGUAUCUCCUCGGAGGAGGGCAUCACGGCCAAGGCCCAAGCCUCCCUGGCCAGAUGGGGUAGUCGGAUACUGGGUCCUUAUUUCAAAGACGGGGCCAUCGAGAGAACCCAGGUGUACCUCAUCAUGUCACAUGACAGCAACCAGGCGGUGCUUAGCCUCAAAGACGGCAAACCAGUCCUCGAGUUCCUGGGCGUGGGACGAAGCGACCACGUCAAAGAGCUCAACACUGUCCUGGCCAAGGCGACCAAGGCCGUCGGAGGCACUCUUGUCCAGACCCCCUUCUUCGCCUUGAUGGGCGAACAAGAGGUCACCGUUCACCCCAUCGGCGGUGCCUGCAUGGCUCGCGAUGGCACUGCUGCCACUGGUGUCGUCAACCAUGUUGGCGAGGUUUUUACCAAUGAAGGAGGUGAGGAUGUCGACCGGGCCGUCCACGAGGGCCUCAUCGUUAUGGAUGCAGCCGUCAUUCCUGCUGCGCUUGGGGCGAACCCUUUUGCCACCAUCACCGCACUCGCAGAGAGAUCCGUCGAGGCGUACUGCCACAAGAAAAGGCUGGAGAUCAAGCGCGACGAGAACGGCAUCCUGGACCUCUUUGGCGAACCUCAGCAGAGAAGGAAGAAGAGGUCGAGUACCAGGAGCACUAUGAGCAGCAGCAGCGACGACAACAAGAUGCCGUCGACGAUGACGGCGACAAUGGCACAGGAGAUGGCUAUCGAGCGCGCCGAUAUAGACAGCGUCAACGGUGCCGCGCACGUCAUCAGCAGCGCCGACGCAAUCAAGGCGAGCGGCUUCGGCUUCACCGAGGUCAUGUCGGGCUUCAUCCACCACGACGAGGAGGGUAUGAGGGAGGACAGACGGUCAACAUACGAGCUGGGCUAUCGCACGGCUAAGAGCCUCUGCGAGAGUGCGCGCUUCUUCCUCAGCGUCCAGGCCUUCAACGUCAACAAUAUCGUGCAGAACGACCAGCACAAGGGAAUGCUGACGGGCACCUUUGUGUGUCCUACCAUUCCAGGCUCGCCCUUUAUGGUCCAGAGGGGCCAGUUCAACCUUUUCAAGCUCGACCUCAAGGCGCCCGGCACCCGGAAUUUGACCUACGACUUUGACAUGACGGGCGUCAGCGGCGAGCUGCUCCAUUUUCACGGCUACAAGGUGGUAGACUCAUCCGUCGCCCUCUCCCCUUUCCAAUUCUGGCGGUCCACGACCACGCUGUACGUGACCAUCAGCAGGAAGAAACAGACCGACCCUAUCAUGCCCAUCAUCCCAGGUGAUGGUGUCGAGGACGACGACGACGCCACCGAUGAGGCCUGGCGCAGGAUGCACGUCGUCGCAAAGGGCAUCAUGCACAUCCAGCCAGCCGACUUCUUCUCCGAGAUGAUGACCCUCUCGCCGACGGGCAGCUCGAUCCUCCAGAAGGCCAUGUCCGCAGCCAGCUUCAUGACAUUCUUCACCCGCAAGUCCAUGUCCCUGUUCCUCGCUCCCUUGACCUCGCUGCAGUAUCCUUCGACCACGUAUUCGUCCUACGUCAACAACACCCUUCCCGAUAAGUCUUUCGAUAUCUGGUCCAUCGACAAUGUCUGCACAAAAAUGCACAUGUGGAACGCGACGCACCCUCCUUCAGACGGCAGCCCCAUCCAGGACCUCUUCAUGAUCCCAGGCGCCAGCGUCGACCACCAGAUCUUUGCCCUGCCCACCAUCCCCUACAACGCAGUCAACUACUUCACCCGCGCUGGAUAUCGCGUCUUCGUCACCGUCCACCGCAUCGGCUCCGUCAUGAUUGCCGAGAACGACUGGACCACCUUUGACGCGAGGCUUGACCUGAAAGCAUGCCUCCAGACCAUCCGCAAGCUGAACCUCCACGAGCACAAGGAGAACACGGGGCUCAGUGACAAGGAGCUGACCAGGAGCGGAUGGCAGCCGCCCAAGACCUACUGCAUCGCCCAUUGCAUGGGCAGUGUCGCCUUCUCGUGCGGUCUGCUAGAUGGGACCAUCCCCAGCGCCUGGAUCAAGGGCAUCUCCUGCUCGCAGGUUUUCAUGAACCCCAUCUGGAACACGAUGAACCUGAUCAAGGCCACCGCAGGCCCCAUCCCCCUCGAUAAGCUUUACAAGAUGCUCGCGGGCAACUGGUUCAGCUGCUCCACCUCACGCGAUGAUAGCCUCGUCCAGAAGGGGCUCAACCAGCUCCUGCGCUUCAUGCCCGACGCGAGGCGCGAGAUCUGUAACAGUGCGAGCUGUCACCGCAUCACGCUUACGUAUGGCCGGUGUUGGAACCACUGCAACCUCAACGAGGCCACACAUCGUCAGAUCGACCGCUUCUUUGGCGGUGUGAACAUGCGCCUGCUCCACCUCCUCAUGAGGAUGGGUGUCGACGGGCACGUAAUGGGCAAUGGGCCCCUCUUCGAGACGCUCACCACGAACAAGAACAUCGAGAGGCUGCGUGGUAUACCUUUUCUCCUCUUCGUGGGCGCCGACAACGCAGUUCUGAGUCCAGAGGCCACCGAGAGGACUUAUGAGAAACUGUGUGAUGUCUUUGGGACCAGGGCCGGCGGCGGGGCUGCUGGGGUUUUCGGCGAGGGUCGUGAUGACAGUGGCAUCCAGUAUCGCCGGCGGGUCGUGCCUGGUUAUGGUCACCUGGACUGCUGGAUGGGCCGGAACGCGUGGAAAGACGUGUAUCCUAUGGUCCGGGAGGAGGUCGACCGUGUGUGCCAUGGCGACCGAUACCACUUCAAGGAGCCUGAUGAUAGGUUUAAGAUGAUGGUUGACAAUGGCGAAUUACUCUACUAAGGAGGAUGUAGUUGUCGAGGAAGGGCGAGUUAAGUUUCUUCUCUUUCUCCCUUCCCAUGUGAUGGAAUUACGAGGCCUGCUUCUUUUUGGAUUUCUUCUUCAUCUGUAUUACUUUUUAUUUUUGGAAAUCUUGCACUAUUCAUAUGGAGCAGAGGUUUGGUAAAGGCAGGAUAUAGCAAGGGCAUGGCAUGGUAAAUGAAGGACGAGAUAUUGAGGUGUGGUAAUGUUGGUGUGUCUCUACACACACACACACACACACACGAGGCUGGCUCCUCGACUUGAAGCCACCAUAUAGACCCGUACCUAACUUAAGAAUAUACCAAUUCCAAAUAUGUAUACAU